UCACAUUACGUGAACAAAUAACAGAGGGGGCAGACAGCCAGAAAAUCUUGUAUAACUUUUUAAAAUGUGCCAGAAACUUUAAAAACUCCCAUCCCUCCUCCUCUUUCCCCACUCCAAGCACCAGCAAAAACUUACCAAGUUGAGAAGCAUUUUGCUCCUCUGCUGCCUAAUAACCAUCUUGCUGCUACCCUUAUUUAACAGACAGCUGCAUCAUCCACAUCUCAUUUAAAAAAAAAUCUAAUUUUUAUUUUAUUUUUCCCCCCAAUAUUUAAUUGUUUUUAUUUUGUUUGGGGUGGGUGGAGAGAUGAUUAGAUUAGGUUGUGGAUUAAGGGGCAUUAUGUUUGUAAUACAGCUUGCUGUGUUUCUACAGUGUAUAUUGCAAGGCAUUUGCCAGCAGCAGAGGAAUCAGCAUGGUCCCAGUGCCCUGUUUAGACAGAGGGUCCAGUGGCAGAACAAUGGGAGGGUGUUCAGCUUGCUGAGCCAUGGCUCUGAGUACCAGCCUGCCAGGAGAAGGGCCCCCGUAUCCAGGGCACCAAACAGCCCAGUGCUCAUUCUCAGCAGCAGAAACAGCACCAGCAUCUCUACCGGAGAGAGACCACCCCAGCCCAGACCUCAGCCCUCUCAGGAUGGAGACUUCCAGCAAAGGGCUACCCAACAGCAGGGUUCCUCUGGCUCUCGCUUCUGGUUCCAGGCAGCAGGGAGGGCGAGCAGCCCAGCUGAUGCUGCUGGGAGACAAAGGAGCCGAGGAGAAGGUGGCCAGACCGCUGACUCCCAUCAAGCCCAGGCAGUCAAUGGCACAGGAGGCGCCAGAGCCAGGCUGGAUGUAAUGCAGGGAGACGAUCCGUACAACCCAUACAAGUACGGGGAUGACAAUCCUUACUACAACUAUUAUGACACGUACGAGAGGUCCAGGCAGACUGAGAGGGGGAGACCAGGCUAUGGCACUCGCUACUUCCAGAAUGGUCUUCCAGAUUUGGUUCCAGACCCUUACUAUAUCCAGGCAUCUAUCUAUGUCCAAAAAAUGUCAAUGUACAGUCUGCGGUGCGCUGCUGAAGAAAACUGUCUGGCAAGCUCAGCCUACCGCUCAGAUGUGAGGGACUAUGACCAGAGAGUGCUUCUCCGAUUCCCCCAAAGAGUAAAAAACCAAGGUACAGCUGACUUUUUGCCAAGCAGGCCACGAUACUCCUGGGAAUGGCACAGCUGUCAUCAGCAUUAUCACAGCAUGGAUGAGUUUAGCCAUUAUGAUUUACUUGAUGCAAGUUCCCACAGAAGAGUUGCUGAAGGUCACAAAGCAAGCUUCUGUCUAGAAGAUACCUCUUGUGAUUAUGGAUACUAUAGAAGAUUUGCUUGUACGGCUCAUACUCAGGGCUUAAGUCCUGGGUGCUAUGACACUUACAAUGCUGAUAUUGAUUGCCAGUGGAUUGAUAUCACAGAUGUAAAACCUGGAAACUAUAUAUUAAAGGUCAGUGUGAAUCCAAGCUACAUAGUCCCCGAGUCUGAUUAUUCUAACAACGUUGUUCGUUGCGAUUUACAAUUGACUGGAAAUCAUGUGUAUGCUUCCAGCUGCUCAAUUUCUCCUUAUUAAUAUUCAAUACAUGAAUGGAUUACUGGCCCGACUGAAUCUGGAGCUAAAGAAGUAAUUGAAUAAGAUUUGGACGUAAACACUUUUCAAAGAAAGCAUAUGGACUUUGGUGAAAACUAAACUGGAUUUUACGCAUGUGUGACAAACCUAGCACUAUACGAAAUGUUUCCAACUAGAAACAUUUAUCUGAAUUAUGUAAAAAUAAGUUCUAUUUGUUUGGUACAGACACUUGACAACUAAAGUACUUAGACAGGCAAAUAUCAGGAUAUCAGAUAUGUCUAUAUGUUUUAUUAUCAUGACAUUACAUUUAAGUGAAGAUGCUAUUUACUUAAUCAAUGUUUGAUUCAGUAUAUGCCGGCAUGAUAUUGUCCUUUCAAACUUGUUGAAGGUGUUAAGUACCUUUGUGUCAUUGUGAAAUUUGAGUACAUGUAUGGUACUGGCAGUGGUUAUCUGGUGAGCUGUGAAUACAGGGGGAAACAUGCAAUACCCCCUCAAGAUUACGAUCCUUCAGGUGUAUACUGUGAAAGGUUCACAGUGCUGCACUACAGAGAACUUUAAAUCAUGUGACUGUGACAAUGUGUGAUAUUUUAUAGCCCAGCAUUGCAUCUCCUGAAAUGGAGCCCUCGAUACUCCCAUCUCCAGUGAGACCAUCUUUCCAUGAGACCAUGAAUUAAGGGCACAUUUUGUUGUCGGAUACAGCCACCAGACCUUUUGGCAAAGAAAGAAACAGAGAUAGUUUCCAUACUUACUUUUGGAAGGAGUACAAGAUGUGUUUCAAAAUAAAAAUAAAACAUUCUGGAGGAAUACACUAAAUUUGUAGAAAACAAUCCAAUAAUACUAAGAUGUGUUAGAAAAACAACCAGGUUUGUUCUAGUUCCACAGAUUGACCUUAUGAAGUCCAAUAAAUUCACCCUAGUAGUCAGUUCUGGACAUAUGGUCAAUAUGGUAUUCUUUCUUUACUCUUCCUUAAAGAAGUCUGUUGGUCUGUGUCUAGAUGGUGGCACUAUUUAUAUAGAUAAAGAAAAAGAUCUGUUCAAGCAGGAUCAAGUCCAGAUGCAGACCAUCUGACUUAUAAUAUUAACAUUCUGUGUUGUUCAUUUAAAUUGUAAUCAGAUUCCACCUCUCUCUAUGCGGACUAUUUUUACCAUCAUGCCCUUAAAUUAAGCCCUUCACCAUGAUGUCUUAUGAAAUGCCUUGGCUCACCUGAGUUUGGUAUUAUGAGUCUUUUUGCAGUUCAAGUAUAUCAAUGCCAAUUAAGAUACCGGCAUUUGCUUGGUUGGAUUUUAACCUUAUGAUACCAGGUAUAUUUAUUAAAGGAUAGAGACAACCCAUGAUACUUUUACUUUAUUUAUAAAAUCAUUUAUAUCUAAAAAAAAAAUUGCUGCAUAUAAGGUAGUGUUAAAGCUCCUAUUUACAUAAAUGAAAAAUAGCUAAAAUAUUUCCGAUUUGGCAAAAACUUUAAAAACACUGUAUGUGUGCUGAGGAUUAAAAUAAAUAUUGCUGUUAACAGCACACCCACAUUAAUGUGGGUCUGAUGGAAAGAGACUCCAAAGAUUAUAAUUCAACCCUUAAACUACAAACACCUGCCUAGCAUACAUAUGUAAUAAAUCCAUAUGAAAUGAAUAUGUGUACACUAAAACACAUUGGGUUUUGCUAUACAAAACAAAGAUGUCUAUUCACUAGGCGUACUGACUUGGGAAAGAGACUUGGAAGUGUAGGCUUAAAUAUAAAAAUAUUUCUAAAUCAACCGGGUUAGAAGGUCACAAGCUCAGUUUUAGCUGAAAUUUUCAUUCUCCCCUCUAUUCUUUUUUUUUUUUUUUUUUUAAUAUAUGUAGUGAAUAGUGCCAAUCAUAAAAUGUGUGUUCCUAUAUUAAAAAGUACUUUACACUUUCCUAAACUAUGGCAAUUUUAUGUGAUUUAUCGAACUGUGUGGCAGGUAAUCACAAAAAUGUGAUGUCCAAUUACAAAUUGUUUUUUAUUGUCAGUUUAUAUGGCAUUGCAUUUUAUAAUCUCAGUCUAGCUAAGGAUACAUUAACACCUUUAAUUUAGGCACUAUGAUUUUUAAUUUACAUAUAAUAUUGAAGAUGUGAAAAUGCUCAUACAAUUUUGCUUUUAUUAGUUUUUCAUUGUAAAUAAUGAAAUGCAUGAUAUAAUUCAUUUUGCUAUUAAUGCAUUUCAAUAUAAAGAUAUAAAGCUAAACUGAAGUGACAAUAAGGACAGUAAAAAAAAAAAACACCCUACACACACUAACAAAUAUUUUGUUUUUAAGACUAAAUAAAAUUUGCAUUACUUUCAUAAUGGGUCUGUAAAACAUACAGUUUAUCACUUCUACAUAAUUUAAGAGUUUAUUCACUAAACAACAAAAAGUAGACGUUGAGACAAAUUAGCAAAAUUUCAUGCAAAACAGCCACUUUGGAAGCAUUCUCCAACUGGUUAUUUUAACCUGAAUUUUGCUAUAUGGGUUUCAGUUCACACACCAAUCAUGUUUGGGGUUUUUUCACGAAAAAGUGAUUUCUCUAAUGAACAGAACAAGGUUUGCUUUACUUUAACCAAUCAAACCAUCAUUUAAGUAAAAGAUGCUUUUUCAUUUUUUAAAUAUGAUUUUCGAGAGUAUAUCAGUAGGCUGUCGAAGCCAAUAUCUAUAGUGCUUUAAAUGGAAAUAUAUAUAUAUAUUUUUAUUAAAUUAUAUUCACAAGAUCUGUAAGAUAAUCAGGUAGUCAUUUUAACUAUGCAAGUAUCUUAAUGGACAAUCUCAAUGUAAUGCACUUUUAAUUCUUUAAGAAUGCUUUAUUUCUUAUUUACUGGAAAUUCAUGGAAUUUUUGAAGCAAUAUUUGAAUCUUUUACAUAUGUGGUGUCUAGCAAAACAUUGGAUAAAUAAAUACUGAAAGACCCAAUUGUGACCAUGUUAAUGUACUUUAUGUGUCGUAGUGGAAGUGUCUUAAACUGGUGCUAAAUUUUAACUUGAAUGAAAUCCACACAAGUCUAUGCAACUCAAAGAGAUAGAGCUUUAUUUGUAUUUGUGAUCGAUUCUGUGAAACACCACUUGCUUCUGCAUUCAUUGUGCUUUUGCUUGAAAAAAAAAUAGAAACUUUACAACUUUAUUAGUUAAUCUCCUAUUUAUAACACUAGCCAUUUCUUUUUUGCACUUUCAUAUUUGUUUUACUUGUCUGUACUAUCCUUGCAAAUUCAUGUGAAAAUUACUUGAAUAAAACAUUUUCAAGUGUGUAA